UGCGGCUGUUGUCGCCGAGAAUCCGCGGCAGACGUUUAGAAGAGUGUCGGAAUGCCUUUUGAAGUCUUUAAGUAUCUUGGGUCGGUAACAAAAUCUGGACUUGGACCUUGUGUAUAGCGUGUGGAGUGGAUGGCGAAGUUCAUGCUCUUUUAUCAAUUGCUGCAGGGUUUACUAGCGACUGGGAGAAAAGGGUUUACUAUCGUCGGAGAUACGCAGCGAAUUCCCGUUUGAUGCUCAAGUUGGCUGAUAUAUAAUGGUUAAUGCCACAAAGGGACUUUUCAUUUCAUGCGACAUACCAAUGGCGCAGUUCAUCAUCAACAUGAAUGCUUCUCUGCCGGCAUCGCAGAAGUUCAUCAUACACGUCCUGGACAACACUCACUUGUUUGUGCAGCCCCACGUGGCCGACAUGAUAAGGAAUGCCAUUGCAGAGUUCAGGGAACAAAACUCCUAUGAGAAGCCGACUUGACAACCUCUUCCCAUUUGAUACAUUUCUCGGCCAGUUAAUUACAAUGAGGGAAGUUUCGGGAGUACUUUUCGUGUAAUGUCUGUACUUUUUGCAUUUAUACCAAUCC